AUGGGCCAAAUCUCCCUUUCACAGUCACCACCCUGCACAGCCUUGACUGUUGUUGCUCAGAGGCAAAAUGGUGAACUCCCAACCUCUAGUUCUCCUAGUACUGAGCCCAUGAUGAAUAUUCAACGUGGAUUUGCAAGUUGGCUAACUGCAAAAGAACUUCAUUUCAAGAAUCUGAAUAUGACAGUGUGUAAGAAGAAGCUACUACAACUGAAAUUUGGAGAGGAGACUGCUGAAGAAGCAAUCCAGAGAAGAAUAUCAGAGAAUCUGAACCUCAUGGAGAGAAUGCCUUUGAACCUUGCAAACCCUCAGGAAAUGCAGAGACCUGCCUGGAAGCAGUGGUUUCUCCACUUCUUGGUCAUUGUGCUAUUGCUUUCCUCCACUAUAUCAGCCUGCAUUUUCCUUCUAUUCAAGACUGCCAAUAAGCCCUGCAUAGCAAAAUUUGGACCACUACCCUCAAAAUGGCAGAUGACAUCCCCUGAGUCCCCUUGUGUGAAUAAAGUAGCUGACUGGGAACUGAAGAUACUUCAGAAUGGCUUGUAUUUAAUUUAUGGCCAAGUGGCUCCCAACACAACCUACAAGGAACUAGCUCCUUUUGAGGUACGACUACGGAAAAACCAAAACAUCAUACAAACUGUAACAGACAAAUCUAAGAUCCAGUAUCUAGGAAGGCCUUGUGAAUUACGUGCAGAAGAUACCAUUGAUUUGAUAUUCAACUCUGAACAUCAGAUUUUUAAAAAUAAUACAUACUUGGGGAUUUAUUUGAUAGAAAAUCUCAAAUUCAUCUCCUAGAGAUUUGGGUUGCUCUCUUCAUUCUUUCAGCACAAGCAGUGAUGCUGGUGGGUAGACUGGAGAAGGCUUAUUUUCAAUAUAUAUGUUUGCCUGGGUUCCUACAUCAACACAAAUAAAGCUCCACUGCCUGGAAAUUUCUUUCUCAAAUUAGCCAGAAGAUAUUCAGCAGUUGGGCAGAAGAUUAGCAAGGAAUAUAUAAUGGGUAUCUGAGAACAGAGAGUCUUAAAAAUAGUCUUUGAUCCUUGAAUCCCUGUGUGGAAACAUGAAGUCUUGUUCCCAUUCAUGGUAUGCAAGAAAAAAAAAAAAGAACCAGAACAUAACCUAAUUUUAUUAUUAGAUUCUUUAACCCCUUAUAUGCAGUCUGCUCUGAUCUUCUGAAACCCUCUAACAAAAAGUAGCUGGCUAAAGAUAUGACACCUCACUAUAGAUAUGAUGGUGUUAGAAGAAUGAAAAUAUUCUAUAACAUUAUUAAGACAAAGGCAGAGUUGGCAAGGAAUAAAAUGCACUUUAUUUGGGGAAUUUCCCUUAAGUUCAUCAUACUCAGGAUGUAUAAAAGACCUUCAUGUAGGACUUCAUAACUUGUGUGCAUAUCUAAACAUUGUGAGUUGGAACAAAAAAGUAAACAGUUAUAACAUUUAGCCCUAGAAAUUGAUGUUAUCAGUAAUAUAUUAUGUCAUGUAAUUAUUCCAUAUUUUUAGCUGGCAUUCCAUGUUUGUAAAGCUGGUUCAUGAAUAACAUCACAAAGCUAUGAAGUUAGUGAGGCAGGUAUGAAGGUACAACUUUUAACAAUGAGAAUAUGGAUGCAGAUGGUACACAGGUAAUUUGUUUCAACUCACAGAAUUAUAAUCAUAAGCCAGUGGGUUUCCACUAGAUCCCAAUGUCUCAGUUUCAGAGUUGGUGUUUCUGCUACCAUGAUGUCAGCUUCUAAUCUGGAACAAGUUAAACUGUCAGGACAUGUAUUCCUUUUUACCCUAACAUGGGCUAAGGAAACUACAUGGAUCUUUCCCUUUUCAGCAGAAAGUUUUAUUCUUUUCCCCUGAACUUCUCAGUGAUUUCUCCCAUCAUAAUCCAGUCUUCUUGAAGAAUCUGCUUUUGGCAAAUGUGUUAACUUCUAAAAAUAAUGAUAGGAGCUAGGUUGUAGCACAUGUAGUACCAAGCACAAGGAUCCAGGCUCUAGCCCCUGACACCCCACCUGCAGCAGGGACACUUCACAAGUGAUAAAGCAGAUCUGCAGUUGUCUAUCUUCCUUUCUCCCUCUUUACCUCCCCUUCCUCUCUCAAUUUUUCUCUGUCCUACCCUACAAAAAUGGGGGGAAAUGGCAAAAAGUAAUGAAUAUUGCUAAAUGCCAGUGUCCUAGUGUUUUAGACUGUUAAAUACAUGAGCUAUCUGCCUGUUCUUGUUGAGAGAUAAAUAGUAUGAUUACAUGUUAGUUCAAUUAAAAUAUUUAUGGUCAUUUUAAAACUAUAUUCUGUUAACUAACAAUGUCAUAGAUAAAAACUAAUUUAGAAGUAUUUGUAUUGUGUGCCUAACAAUUCCUCAGGACCAAGACUAGCGUUAAACCAAGAGAAUUCUUAGUAAGUCUUUUAAAGUACAUGUUGAGGGCCAAAGACUUGUUUCUCUUGUAUUUGUCUAUCUUUUCAGGAGGGUAAAGUGAUGUUACACAUGAUUAUGGAAACAUGUGGCCUUUAUCUUUGUUGAGCUAUAGUGUGUCAGAGUGAGUUAACAACUUGUCAGAGUCAACUGUUAACUUUUCAGAAAACUUCCAACUCAUUGUGAAACAGUCAUUCUGGAAACUGACCAUAUUGGGAAUAUUUAUGUCAUGUGAAUUGAAAAAGGCUACACAUCGUUUUUUUCUUUUCAGAGAACUUUCUCACUGGCUCACAACUGUUUGUAAAACUCUCCUUUUCCAUAAAUCCUCUUUGUCCCUGCCUCAUGCCUUGAAAAUCCAAGGUAUGGGGAGAAGGGAGACUGUUACACUCUCAGAAACAGCAGCCAGGAUAGUGAUUUCUUGGGGCAAGUGGAAGCUUCUGCAGUGAAUUCUCAGGGCAAGUGGACUCUGCAGUGAAGUCUUGGGGCAAGUGGAAGUCUUGGCAGUUGUAAUCAGAGAAAAGGCUACAAGCAGGGGUGGUAAAAUUUCAGCCUUUGUUUACAAUCUAUACUGAUUCCCCCCCCCCCUUAUCCCUUCCUACUGAUUGUUAACCUUUUUAAACCUACAAUAAAAUGUUUGCUGA